AUGUGCACCAUUUUGGAAUUUGAAGACGAAGAUGAAGAAGCAGAUCUGGAGAGCUAUGCUCCAGUUCACCUCACAGAUAUUGAAAUCCCUCACGGAGACUCAAUACCGCAAAUGGAUCGUGCUCGGCAAGCUAAUGGAUUGCUUUUUCUAGACUCACCAGAUGUUCUUUAUGUUUACAUAAGCAAUCCUCUAACUCGUCAGUAUAUCAAGCUCUGCCUCCGUGAUGAAUACAAAUCGGACUCGGACUACGUGAUGAGUUUUGGAUUUUGUAUGAGCAAAAUUAGUGGCCAAUAUGGGGUCAUCUGUAUCAAUGGGUGCGUUUCCGACUCUCAUCAUGUAUACACCCUCGGAACAGGAACAGGAACAUGGAGGCGUGUUGAAACUGGCCCCGCUUCUGGUUGUCGAUUCAAUUACAUAGAUCAUUACACUGUAUGCAAUGGCAACCCCCAUUGGGCAGUAUGUGAUUCCGCUCAAACCUUGUGGAUUUCUGUUUUUGAUCUUGAAACAGAAUGUUUUAGCAUCUUCCCUGCCCCCGCAUUAGAAGAACAUGUUGUUGAUGAUAAACUUCCUUCGGAUAUCAAGUUGGAUGUUUUGAGGGACUGCCUAUCUUUGAUUUACCUAAUAAACGAAAAGGUCAUCGUCAUCUGGAUGAUGAAGGAAUACCAAGCCAAGGAAUCUUGGACCAUGGAGUACCAGAUUGAUGCAUCUAUAAUGGAUUGGUUGUCUUCAAAUUUAAAUGUCUCUUUGACUUGGAGUGUGGAUGAAAACGUAGGACAUGCCAAAAAUCAAUAUUUUCUGAAUGUUCAUUACGUCCAUGGACGAACUGGUCCGCCUUAUCCAACUGCCAACCAGCCGUCGACACUUGCAUUCUCCUACGGAGUGGACGAGUAA